CACACACACACACACACACACACACUCCUCUGGACUGACCACUUGAGGAUACGUCCCCCAGGACUCUGUUUCCCAUCAUGCACCAGCGGAGCCUCUCAGAGCUCCAGGUGGUCUCCACCGGCCAGGAGGCCUCGACCCAAUGGACUACUGAGGAUCGAGCCUCAAGGAGUUCCAGGCUGAGUAGGGGGUCCAUGCGCGGCUGCCUCUGCCCACCGAGGGGAACCCCUCUCUGGGCAUGGCUGCUGCUGGGCGCCCUGGUGGUUCCUGGAGCCUGGAGCUUUCUGAGCGAAGACCAGGAGGAGAUGCUGGUGGAGCUUCAUAACCAUUACAGAGGACUGGUGUCACCCAGCGCCACGGCCAUGCUGCCUCUGAAAUGGGACACGGGCCUGAAGCUGAUCGCAGAGGGCUACGCUACUAAAUGUAUCUGGAAUCACAACCCAGAGCUGGAGGACACCGGAGAGAAUCUGUUCGCCGGCACCGGGGCUCUGGACCUCAGAGAGGCUCUGGAGAAAUGGUUCCUGGAACAUCUGGAUUAUGACUACCACAACAACACCUGUGACGAAGACAAGAUGUGUGGACACUACACACAGAUGGUGUGGGCAGACACACACAGAGUCGGCUGUGCCUUCCAUCUCUGUAACACUAUGGAGGGGCUGGAGUGGGAGAGAGUCUCCUUCCUCGUCUGCAACUACUUUCCAGCAGGGAACUUUGAAGGGGAGAGGCCGUAUGUGGAGGGUGACUGGUGCUCCAGUUGCCCAGAAAAACACAAAUGUGAAAACAACCUCUGCGUUGCUGACACUGAUGGUGAUGGUGAUGAUGGUGAUGGUGAUUUUGAAGAAGAGGAGGAAGAUAAAGAGGAGGGGACAGUUAUUCCUCCUCCAGCAACAUCUGAGUCCUCCCCUCAGGAGGACAGUGAAGAUGAGAAGAUUGUUUCUCCUUCCAUAACAACUGAUGUCCAGCCUGAAAGCACCUCCACCUCUGCACGGGAAUCUGAGGACACCCUAUUACGCAUCACCUCUACCCAGGGCACACCCACUCCUGGGGGCCACUCAACAACACCAGGAGAGGAGCAGAAGGGUGGAGAAAAGAUGGAGGAGAAGGUGGAGUUGGAGGAGGAGAAAAAGGAAACUAUGCGUGAGACAGCGGCAGAAAGGGAAAAAGACAUAGCACGAAAAAUAAAGCAGAACACAAGAAUUAUUGCCAGUGCUGGUUCAGUAUCAUCACCUUCCCUCGUCUUAGCCAGUCUGACUGGGAUCCUGACUCUGAGGCUGUGAGGAGGACGAGGAGGAGGAGGAGGAGACAUUAUGUUCAUCUCACCUCACUCUUGCAUUGACUGCACAUCACCUUGUUAAUUUGCCCUGAGGUAACAAACAGUUCACCCCUCCCUCCCCUGCAGAGCAAAAUGGGUCAGUUAAUAAUUCACACUCAUCAGAAACAAACAGCUGCCAUUUCCCCAACAUCUGCACAUAGUCUGGACCGAGAUCUGGGUCAAAUACUGCGUUUCAACCUGCUUCAACCUGCUCGGCCUGUAAACACAUCAGUGUCAGUAACUCACCGUCACUGAUGAGCAGUAAAAGAAACGCUUUCAUCCGAAGAAAAUUAUUUACAUCACGUGUUUUGAGGAUUGUUUGGCUGGUAACGGAAACACAACACGACUAUACCUGAGGAAAAAGCUUCAGGAUGUGACUCUGAGCUUCUUCACCCUGAAAACUGUGAGACAAAAAGUCAAAAUCAAUCUCACAUCUGUUCGUUAAGAUGGAGUCAGGGUGUGGUUAGCUUAGCAUAAUGACUGGAAGCCAGGGGAAACAGCUAGCCUAUCUCUUCCCUUUCUUUGCUGCUCUCAGAGCUUUGAAACCGGGCUAGCUGCUUUCCCUUGCUUCCAGUUUUUAUGCUAAGCUAAGCUAAGCUAGGCUAAGCUAAUCACAUCCCACGUCCUGGAGAGCAUAAGCAACAUUUAGUUACGUUCAGCCAUUACCGGACUUUAAAGUACAGUGUAUAAUAACACCAUCACACAAUGAUUAAUAAAAUACUGAACCCAUUUCAACCAGAAACCUGAUAAAUCACAGACGCACAAUAACACAAAAACUCUUCUCUGCCUGUAACAUUAGAUUUUCUCUUCGGUGCUUGACCUCCGUGAUGAUACUCGACUGUUGGUGAGAUCAGAAACGCAGAGCCGUGCUUCCUGGUCCUGAAAACCACACCGGGUCUAAGCGCUGUGCAGAGAGGCGGCUCACAGGCUGAGUAACGGGAGGCCCUCUCACACCGCCUCUUCAGGUUUGGCAGUGGAUCAUUUGUAUCUGCAGGGUGAAGGUGGCAUCAGUGCAACUCUGUCUCAUACAGAUUUAAAUAUACAGGAUCAUCUCACGUGGAAAAGCCACGGCAAAGAUCGAAUAAAAGCAAAGGAGUGGGAGAUGUUUGUGUAGUAUUCUCAGUAAACGCAGGAGAAACGAUUGCUGAACAAACUGUGUUUCAAACUGACGACCCUGCUUCUUCUUUGAUCUGCUUCACAAAUAUAUAUCGACUGCACCGUAUACUCUCUCAGACUGGAACUACAACCGGACAGAGUCUCUAGUAAUUUAUAUAUCUCUGUUACGCUCUCUUAGCAGGAAAUUACCAUAACUAUCUUCAAUACCUUUAGCAAAGAUCCCUGUAAAUGUCUGUAUAUAAGAUUAAUAAUGAAAUAAACCUUAUUUCUUCUUUUGGACAACA